AUUACCUUGAAUCUAUAUUCCACUUCCACCAAUACGACGCCUUCCGGCGACACUACCGAUCCUCCUCCGCCGCCGCCGCCUCCUCCUCUGCCUCCGCCUCUUCAAACUCUUGGAUUUGAUGGAGGAAAUAAUGGGUCUGUCUGGAAUCAGUGAUUUGGUCAAACUCAACUGGGAGGAGGAGUCGUACCCAGUGCCCAAUGACUUCUUUGUCCUCCCCUUGUUCGUUCUUCUCUUCCCGUCACUCAGGCUCUUCCUGGACAUUUUCGUCUUUGAGAGAUUAGCAAAGCGCCUUUUGUUUGGAAAGAAGUAUGCAUCGCUGAAUGUUGAGACACGUGAUAAUCGGAAGAAAGUUAAUAAAUUCAAAGAGUCGGCAUUCAAAUGUGUUUAUUUUUUCACUGCGGAGCUUUUGGCUCUAUAUGUUACGUACGAUGAGCCUUGGUUCUCUAAAACCAGAUAUUUCUGGGUAGGGCCUGGCAAUCAGAUUUGGCCUGACCAGAAAACCAAAUUAAAAUUGAAGGGGCUUUACAUGUAUUCCGCUGGAUUCUACAUCUACUCCACCUUUGCUUUGGUGUUUUGGGAAACACGGCGUUCUGACUUUGUAGUUUCAAUGUCUCAUCAUUUAGCAACUACGAUUUUAAUUGUGGCGUCUUACAUAUUCAAGUUUUCUCGAGUAGGCUCGGUCAUUUUAGCUCUCCAUGAAGGAUCUGAUGUGUUUUUAGAAAUUGCAAAGUUGUCAAAAUAUUGUGGCUUUGAAAUGCUUGCCGGCAUUGCUUUUGUUAGUUUUGUUCUCUCUUGGACAGUACUACGUCUUAUUUACUUUCCAUUCUGGAUAAUAUGGAGUACCAGCUAUGAAGCUCUUCUGACCUUGGACAAGGAGAAGCACAUAGUGGAUGGAUCUAUAUACUAUUACUUGUUUAAUACUCUUCUAAUUGGCUUGCUCUUUUGUCAUAUUUAUUGGUGGAAGUUGAUGGUUCGGAUGCUCGUGAAGCAAAUUCAGGCUAGAGGGAAAGUUGAUGACGAUGUUCGAUCUGAUUCUGAAGGCGAGGAUGAUGAACACGAGGACUGACAGUAAAAAGACAGUUCAAACUCAAGUGAGGUGCCUAUGUAUUCUUUAGACUACACUGAAAAGAUUGUCAAACAAUUUUUAUGAGAUCCAUAUCAUGUCCUUCAAACAGGCAGGUUUCGUAUUCACACGAGCAACCUUGUUGUGAUUCUUAAAGAAAUGUGCUUAUAGAAAGGCAUUGAGCCUGUGGAAAAUUGAGAAUGUGUAUGUAUUGUUGAUAUCUGAACACAGUUGCGUGAA